AUGGCGAACAUAAAACCUAAACUUCAGGAUAACGUGUUUAACGAUCGUAUUCGGUUUUUUAAAGAAUUUUUGGAAGCUGAAAAUGAAAACGGUAUUGCCACUUACAAAGCCGAAAUAUUAGGUUUACUCGAAAAUGAGGAAAAACGGUUGAUAAUAAAUUUAAAUGAUUUACGAAAUUAUCAUGCCGAAAAUUCCGAGAAUUUAUUAGAUUAUCCUAAUGAAUGGAUACCUGCAUUUGAAAAAGCGCUCAAAGAAAUUGCAAUUAUCUUACAUGAUCCUACCAAACACAAUUUAGAAGAUGAAAAUCUAUAUGUUGGUUUUUCUGGAAACUUUCGUUAUCACGUAAAUCCUGGAACUUUAAGAUCUUUCCACUUAGGAAAAUUAAUUAGUAUCGAAGGAAUAGUCUCACGAUUUCGAUUAAAACUUGCAAAAAGUGUUCAUUACUGUGAAAAGACUAGUGUAUUUUAUUUUAAAGAAUAUCAAGAUUCAACCACUAUUGGAAACUAUGUUCCAACUCCUCCAGGAUAUCCUACAGAAGAUGAAAAUGGCAAUCCGUUGACAACAGAAUUUGGUUAUUCCGUUUAUCGGGAUCAUCAAACUAUUUGUCUUCAAGAAAUACCAGAAAAAGCACACGCUGGACAAUUAUUAAGAUCCGUUGAUAUAAUUUUAGAUGAUGAUUUGGUAGAUAAAGUGAAACCUGGAGAUCGUAUUCAACUUGCUGGAUGUUACCGAGCGAUAGGAAGACCAACUCAAGGAUCUUCGACAUCAGCGACAUUUAGGACUGUCAUAGUUGCUACCAAUAUUACAGUUCUUUCUGGUGAUAUUGGUCGUAAAGUAAUUACUGAUGAAGACCUCAAGAAUAUAAAGGAAGUUGCGAAAAGAACAGAUAUAUUUGAAUUACUUUCAAAAUCUCUUGCACCUUCGAUAUUUGGUCAUGAUAUUAUUAAAAAGGCAAUCUUAUUAAUGUUGUUGGGUGGUAAAGAACAAAAUUUAGAUAGUGGUACUCACAUAAGAGGUGAUAUUAAUAUAUUAAUGGUAGGUGAUCCUUCAACUGCGAAAUCACAACUUCUCAGACGUGUACUUAAUAUUGCACCUCUUGCCAUCGCGACGACUGGUCGUGGAUCAUCAGGAGUAGGUUUAACAGCCGCAGUUACUCGUGAUAAAGAAACUGGUGAAAGAUGUUUGGAAGCUGGUGCAAUGGUUCUUGGUGAUCGUGGAGUAGUAUGCAUCGAUGAAUUUGAUAAAAUGACAGAUAUUGACCGUGUUGCUAUUCAUGAAGUAAUGGAACAGCAAACGGUAACAAUCGCCAAAGCUGGGAUUCACACAUCUUUAAACGCCCGAUGUAGUGUUAUCGCAGCAGCAAAUCCUGUAUAUGGACAGUAUGAUGUUCACAAAGAUCCUGCACAUAACAUUGCACUCCCGGAUUCUUUACUCUCUCGGUUUGACCUUGUAUUUGUUGUUACAGAUAUUUUAAAUGAUAAACAUGACCGAGAUAUUUCCCAACAUGUUCUACGAUUACAUCAGUAUCGACCACGUAAUCUGGAAGAAGGUACUCCAAUUAGAGAAGAUGCAGGUCAAACUUUAUUUAUGGAACAAAAUGAAAAUAUUUCCAAACCAACUCCUGUUUUUCAACAGUAUGAUUCACAGACAGAUGAUAUUCAGGAAGAUGGUUCACAAACAACUCAACUCUUAUCAUCAGAAUUUAUACAAAAAUAUAUUCAAUAUGCCAAAAAUUGUCAGCCUAGAUUAAGCAAAGCAGCCGCAGAUUAUAUUUGUGGUGUAUGGACUACUCUUCGUAAUGAAGAAGCCGAACGUGAUAAUUAUAAAACUUCACCUAUGACUCCACGUGCAUUGGAUUCACUUUUCCGUCUUGCCACUGCACAUGCAAAAGCUCGUCUUGCAAGAACUGUCUCCAAGAAAGAUGCAUUAGAAGCUGAAAGAAUCGUAAAGUUUGCUUUGUUUAAAAAAGUGGAAGUAAAGCGGCACAAAAAAAUUAAAGUAGCUGUAUCUAUAUCAUCUGAUGAAGAGGACGAUGAUUCAGAUGAAGAAGAUUCACCUAGCGAUAAAAUUAAUGGAAAUAGGAAAAAAAGAGGGGAUAUUAACGAACUGCCACAACCAGUUAGAAGUGACAGUGUUUAUGGGUUAGACAGUCUUGAUAUAAACGAAACCGAAGGGAUAACUCCAGAUCGCUUGAGAUUAUUCCAAGAAUUAGCACAUCAAGUGUUAUCAGUGGAUGGCCAAAGAUCUUUUGAGCAUUUAUUGCAAGAUAUCAAUGAGAAAUUAUCGGAGGAUCAAAAAUUUACUAUAGAAGAAGUAGAAGUGGCCAUAAAUAGAAUGGCCGAGAAAAAUAAAGUGAUGUAUACAGGUGGCAUCGUUUAUCGUAUAUAA